GGUUACGCGCUGCUGAACUGGUUCCAGGGCAUGGUGGGUGCUGUGCUGCCGGCCCACGAGCGCGCGAAGAGCGGGUGUGCCUACGGCAUGCUGCACCAGACCUUUGCACCACAGGAGUUGAGCAAUUACGACGACAACGACUAUUAUAAAGAGUACUACGGCGUCAUCAUCGUACGGACCCUGCUGUUCCUCGCUGGGCUGAUUUGGAUGCAGCACUUGAUGGUGAGGAGGG